AUGGUUUUCCUGGAAACCCUAAUGGAAAAGACAGACACCCAGAGAGUGAAAGCCAUAUGCCGAGAUGCUGGUGCUGCUGCACUUCUCAAUCGUGGGUUCCAUUUCACCAUGUUCCCUAUUAUCAGAUUGGGCAACAGGAAGCCAGUUGAUAGCGAAGAUGAGAUUGUGGUUAUGCUUGUUCCUGAUUACCAAAUGGUCUCAUCUGUGGAGAAAAUCACAGCCAGUCUUUCAGACGAUCUGCCAAGGCAACUAAUCAUGUGGAAUCCAUGCCUCAUUAGUGAAGAUGUUGGAGUAGGGAUCAACGUUCGCAACCUCAGGCGCUACUUCUCGAAGUAAAAAGGGAGGCAAAUCCACACAGAAUGCAUUUA